AUGGUCCGCCUCAGGACCUCAACGCCCCCUUUAUCCUCAGACGCUUUUCGGCUCUUACGCAAAACGGUCAUGCCGUCAGAUAGUUCAACUUCGUCAUCUUCGGAAAGUGAUUCUUCAGCCUCUCGCCGUUCUCGUCGUUCAAGACGGGAGCGUCGUCCAGCCCAAGAUCGGCCGGAUCGUUCUCGCAGCCCACGUCGCGGAUCUCGAGCUCCAGACGAGGCAGAACAGGAGAGGUUGGAGCGUGAACGGAGGGAACGGUCUAGAGAAAGGUUGGAGCGAAUCGUGGAAGAAGAUCGUUUAAGGAGAGAGCAGUCAGAAGAACGGCGAGCUCAACAAAAUCAGCCAAGAGAUGGACAACCGGCAGAUGGGCAGCAGCCAGGAGAUGAGCAGCCAGGAGAUAGGCAGCCAGUUCAGCCGCCGGGUCAAGAAUCGAAGCAGUUCAAAUUCACGGUGGCCAGGAAGAGAAUGAAGGUCUUCAGGAACUGGAUGACAACCUCUUUAAGCGCGCCGGAAGCCAGAAAUCUUCGUGAUAGUUUCAUUCCGAGUUUCCCUAACUCUGGUUUUGAUUUAGUUUGUCCCCAGGUAGACUCUUCUUUUUCUCGCCGCUUCAAAGACAUUAAAACUCCAGAGAUGUCCAAGGCGGAGGCUACGGAAAGGUCCCUGAAAGCUGAACAGUACAAAAUUUUGGAUGUAGCGCGUCCGCUUUUAUUCCUGAGAGAAAAAAUUGCGGAAUCCGCAGAUUUGAGAGAUUCUCCAUUGGCAGAAGCAGCAGAUACGGCCCUGCGUCUCUGGGGCCACACGUUUCACAAUGUGACUACCAGCCGACGGGAAAAUUUGCUGAAAGUUUCGGAUCCGAAAUUUCUCUCCUUGUUGAAGGAGCCCCACCGUUUCAAGCCGCGGGAGUGCGCUUCGCUUUUUGGUCGACACUUCAUCAAGAACAUGGUGAAGGAGGCAACAGACGACCAAACUCUUAGAAGCAUUAGUAGCAGCCAUAGCUCGUCAUCAAGGCCUAGAGCGGGCAGCAGCGGUUAUCGUGGCACCUCAUCAAGAUCUCAUCGUGGAGGAAAUUUCGGUCAAGGAGGCUAUAGCAACGGCUAUAACGGCGGCUCAUCCGGCACCUUUAACAGGAGCAGAGGAAACCACUCAAUCAGAGGAAGAGGAUUUGGCAGUAACCAGCAUAAAAGGUGAAGAGUUGGCCUACUCUUUCGGAUCAGCGGCCCUGAGAAGAUUUCCCGAGCCUUAAAGGUCUGAGGAUAAAGGGGGCGUUGAGGUCCUGAGGCGGACCAUAUCGUUAUUCUUUUGUUUUUUGUUUGCGUUGAAAGGG